GUGCUGCUCGCCCGGGUUAGCUGCGGCGGCGGCGGCGGCGGCGGCGGCGGCGGCGGCGGCAGCGGCGGUGGAGGAGGGGUGGAGGCGCAGCCCCUGCUGCAGCUGCUGCUGCUGCACCACGCUCGGCGCUGCGGAGCGAGCCCACCCGCCCCAGGAGCUCGUCUCCCCGGUGCUCCCCCUCCCUCCCCGCCUCCCCCCCAGUGGCGCUGCCUCCUCCAAAUGAGCGAUUCGCCCGCUGGAUCUAACCCAAGGACACCCGAAAGCAGCGGCAGCGGCAGCGGCGGCGGCGGGAAGAGGCCGGCGGUGUCCCUCUUACCCCCCGCGGACCCCCUGCGCCAGGCGAACCGGCUCCCUAUCCGGGUCCUGAAGAUGCUGAGUGCUCACACCGGUCACCUCCUGCACCCGGAGUACCUGCAGCCGCUGUCCUCCACUCCCGUCAGCCCCAUUGAGCUGGACGCCAAGAAGAGCCCGCUGGCGCUGCUGGCCCAGACUUGCUCACAGAUCGGCAAGCCGGACCCGCCGCCUUCGUCCAAGCUCAACUCGGUGGCGGCCGCGGCCAACGGGCUAGGGACAGAGAAGGACUCCGGCCGCUCGGCCUCCGCAUCCGCAUCCGCCGCGCUCAAGCAGCUGGGGGAGACCCCGGCCGAGGACAAGUCCAGCUUCAAGCCCUAUUCCAAGGGCCCCGGAGGCGACUCCCGGAAAGACAGCGGCUCCUCCUCCGUGUCCUCCACCUCUUCCUCCUCCUCAUCUUCCUCCUCUGCCUUGUCCCCAGGAGACAAGGCGGGCUUCAGGGUCCCCAGCACCGCCUGCACACCCUUCCCCCCGCAUGGAGCACCCGUCUCCACGUCAUCGUCGUCCUCCUCCCCCGGUGGCUCCCGGGGCGGCUCCCCACACCACCCCGACUGCAAGAGCGGCAGUAGCGAGCUGGACAAAAAAGACCUGGAGCCCAAGCCCAGCCCCGAACCCGCCUCGGUGAGCCGAGGCGGCAGCGGGGAGCCCAGCGCGCACUGCGGGGCAGAGCCCGGGGCCUCUGGGCGCAAGUCAGAACCGCCCUCAGCGCUGGUGGGGGCCGGCCACGUGGCCCCGGUGUCCCCCUACAAGCCAGGCCACUCAGUGUUCCCGCUGCCACCCUCCAGCAUAGGCUACCACGGCUCCAUCGUGGGCGCGUACGCCGGCUACCCAUCUCAGUUCGUGCCUGGCCUGGAUCCUAGCAAGUCUGGCCUCGUGGGAGGCCAGCUCUCAGGGGGCCUGGGCCUGCCCCCCGGUAAGCCCCCCAGCUCCAGCCCGCUCACGGGGGCAUCCCCGCCCUCCUUUCUGCAGGGAUUAUGCCGAGACCCCUACUGCCUGGGAGGUUAUCACAGCGCCUCGCACCUGGGCGGCUCCAGCUGCUCCACCUGCAGCGCGCACGACCCGUCGGGGCCCAGCCUGAAGGCGGGGGGCUACCCGCUGGUGUACCCUGGGCAUCCACUGCAGCCGGCCGCGCUGUCCUCCACCGCCGCCCAGGCCGCACUCCCGGGCCACCCACUUUACACCUAUGGCUUCAUGCUGCAGAACGAACCGCUGCCACACAGCUGCAACUGGGUGGCUGCCAGCGGGCCUUGCGACAAGCGCUUCGCCACCUCCGAGGAGCUGCUCAGCCACCUACGGACUCACACGGCCCUGCCGGGAGCAGAGAAACUUCUGGCCGCCUAUCCCGGGGCCUCGAGCCUGGGCAGCGCUGCUGCAGCUGCCGCAGCAGCUGCCUCCUGCCACCUGCACCUCCCCCCGCCGGCCACCCCUGGCAGCCCCGGGUCCUUGUCAUUGCGGAGUCCACACACUUUGGGACUAAGCCGGUACCAUCCCUAUGGCAAGAGCCACUUACCCACAGCUGGGGGCCUGGCAGUGCCCUCACUCCCCACAGCCGGACCCUACUACUCGCCAUAUGCCCUGUAUGGACAGAGACUAGCUUCAGCCUCCGCGCUUGGAUACCAGUAACUACAACUCUUCCUCCCAUCCCACCCCACCCAGCCUCUGCCUCCCCACAUCUGCCUCUCUCCCCACCUACCCAAAAAGCCUUGCCGCUGCAAAUUCCACUACUGCUUGACCCUACCGGGAUCCCCCUGCCCAGAUCCUCCCCACCGGACUGUGUAUUUAUUUACUAUAAUGUUAGCUUACAAGCUGGGAAUAUAAGUGCAUUAAUGGCCCACACGAGUCAAUGGUAUGAAAAAAAAGUCUGUUUUCCCCCCAUAAUAAUAUUAAUCACGCAAAUAACUACAUGUUCCCUACAUCCUCUUCCUGUCUUUUUUAUUUUCUUUUUCAUAGAUAGAAGUUUUUUUUUUUCUUUUGCAUUGGUUUGGUUUGGUUUAAGAGAUAGGUGAGGGGGGAAGAGUUGGGAUUCUUGGGUUGUUGUGUUUGUUUUCCUUUCUCUUCCUGGGGAGUUCUGUGCAUGCUUCUUAAUGGUUAAAACUGCAUUGCCCCCUUCUCUUUACUGUAUCACCUUCAUUCCCUCCUGCUGCCUUCCAUUUGAGGUUCAGCUUUGUUUUGUUGCUGUUUGUUUGUUUUGUUUGUAUUUUCUUUUGUACAAGCAACAGAGGACUUUUUUUAACCACAUUUUUGGGGGUGCAGGGAGCAGCUUUGGUGGCAGGUGCUGUUGAUGUGGGACUGUGCUCAGUGAUGCCUCUGGUCUUUGAUCUAUACCCUGUCCCCCCACACCCUCACCCCAAUUAAAGGCUUGGCCUCCUACCUUGCUCUAAGCAUGGAGAGCCUUGUCCCCACGGAUAUACUUUCCAGAGGGGGCCAAAUUUCUCUGCCUCUCUCCCUCACUCUAUCUCUCUCUCUCUCUCUCUCUCUCACACACACACACACACACACACACACACACACACACACGGCCUUUCUACCUUUCAGACUCUUCCCAGCCCCAAACAGUGUGCACCUGUAGGGCUCAUUCAAUUCAACUCAAAGUCCCAGAAGGCCCUGCUGAUAUGAAACUUUGCUUUCUCUUUUGCAAAGUGCUUUUAUAGUCAGUUUUUUUUUCUCCUCUUCAUUAUUGGGGUAGAGGUCCCCCUCCUGCGGUAGGGACUAGGUGGGUGAUUCUCCACAGACCCCUCCCAAGCAGCCCAGAGGCGCGGUCAGCAGGCAUUAUAGCCAUGUUCUGUUCUAUUGGGAGAAAGUUGGGGAGUCAGGGAGAACACAAUCACAGCAGUCCAUUACCCCCCCUCCCAGGCCUAACCCCCAAAGGAGUCCCCAAAGUUGGUUGUGGGCUUAAAUGGGCCCUCCAUCCAUGACUGGGGGCGCCGAAGGCGCCUGGUCUUAAGCAGCAGGGUGGAGGGGACUGCGGGGGGUGGGCUAUUUGGGGUGAAUAGAGCUCUCCCUUGGUAAGACUUAUUUUGUUAAUAAAUGGAAUACUUGGCUAUAUUCA